CCCGGGGCGGAGUCUUGGUGACUAAGGAGGCGGGAGGCGGAGCUUGAAUGGGACAGGGCGGGGGAAGUAAAUCAUGGUGAUGUCACACGGUAGAGGCGGAGCUUAAUGUAGGUGGGCGGGGUCGUUGCCUGGGGGUGGGGCUAGGGCCGCUGAGGCUGGAGGUGGACUGUGUGUGGCAGGAGCAGCCUUCUCCUCCCUGGGGUGGACUGAGCUCUCACGUCCUGCAGAUCCACCAGGCUUUAGCUUGGAGAUGAGACUGGGCCACUGCCGUGAGGAGAUACCCACUCUUCUCCGAGGAUGCUCCCAGCUCUUAACUGAACGGUACCUAAAUAACCCAUCCUGUCCCCUCUCUGCCGGGUCACAGGGCCCCGGAUCUUACCGAUCCGCUGACUCUGCAACUGGGGCGCAAAGACUUCUAGCCAACCGCACCCGGCUGGCUGGGACACCCUCCACCUGCCAGGUCGGGGCGGCCUGGCCCAGCGAGUUAGGCCCAGCGGUACCCACCAGAGCCCACCGCAUAAUUUAUGUGUCGCAGUGCAAAAUGAAAAGUGGAGCUCCUUGUCAAUGUUAAGCAUUACUCGAGAUGCCAACAGAGGAGACAGAGUCACCUUAAAAUCGUGGCCCUGGAGGGAGACAGCAGCCCCUGGCCCUCAGGCCUUUCUUCACCUCUGCGGAGCUGGGCCAGAAACAACAGCUGUGGACCAAGUGACCGGAGACAGGGCUGGCAUGGCUUCCGGGGUCACAGGACUGCGCUGGUGCUGGCAACUCGGGCAAAAUUGCAUUUGCGCUCAUCCAGCCCCCUCCCACACACACUCAUGGAGGCAUAAAGCUGCCCAGCCUGGCAAAGGACGGUCAUUCUGUCAACCUGCAGACAGCAAGCCGGGGCCCUCACUCCACACCCAGGUGCCAGACAGGACCCAGCAUCACUCCCUGUGACAAUGACCAUGUUCGAAAACGUCACCCGGGCCCUGGCCAGACAGCUGAACCCUCGAGGGGACCUGACGGCCCUGGACAGCCUCAUCGACUUCCAGCGCUUCCACCCGUUCUGCCUGGUGCUGAGGAAGAGGAAGAGCACGCUGUUCUGGGGGGCGCGCUACGUGCGCACCGACUACACCCUCCUGGAUGUGCUCGAGCCGGGCAGCUCGCCCGCGGACCCGACAGACGCAGGCAGCUUCAGCUUUAAGAACAUGCUGGACGCGCGCGUGGAAGGAGAGGUGGACGUGCCCAGGACAGUGAAAGUCAAGGGCACCGCCGGGCUGUCUCAGAACAGCACGCUGGAGGUCCAGACCCUCAGCGUGGCCCCCAAGGCCCUGGAGUCCCUGCACAAGGAGAGGAAGCUGGCCGAGGACCACCCGUUCCUGAAGGAGAUGCGUGAGCGCGGCGAGAACCUGUACGUGGUGAUGGAGGUGGUGGAGACGGUGCAGGAGGUCACUCUAGAGAGGGCUGGCAAGGCCGAGGGCUGCUUCUCCCUUCCGUUCUUCGCCCCACUGGGGCUGCAGGGCUCCGUCAACCACAAGGAGGCUGUCACCCUCCCCAAGGGCUGCGUCCUGGCCUUCCGCGUGAGGCAGCUGAUGGUCAAUGGCAGAGAUGAGUGGGACAUUCCACACCUCUGCAACGACGGCAUGCAGACCUUCCCCCCUGGAGAAAAGCCAGGAGAAGAGAAGUUCACGCUUAUCCAAGCGUCUGAUGUUGGGGAGGUGCAUGAGGACUUCAAGACCCUGAAAGAGGAGGUCCAGAGAGAGACCCAAGAGGUGGACAAGCUGAGCCGGGUGGGCCAGGGCUCCCUGCUCAGCUCCCUCCGCAACCUUCUGGGCAAGAAGAAGGAGCUGCAGGACCUUGAGCUUGCACUUGAAGGGGCUCUAGACAAGGGACAUGAAGUGACCCUGGAGGCACUCCCAAAAGAUGUCCCACUGUCCAAGGAGUCCAUGGGCGCCAUCCUCUAUUUCCUUGGAGCCCUAACAGUGCUAAGCGAAGCCCAACAGAAGCUUCUGGUAAAAUCCAUGGAGAAGAAGAUCCUCCCGGUGCAGCUGAAGCUGGUGGAAAGCACGCUGGAGCAGAAUUUCCUGCAGGAGAAGGAGGGUGUUUUCCCCCUGCGCCCCGAGCUGCUCUCCUCGCUGGGGGAUGAAGAACUGACCCUCACGGAAGCCCUCGUGGGGCUCAGCGGGCUGGAGGUGCAGAGAGGUGGUCCCCAGUACACGUGGGACCCGGACACGCUGCCCCGACUCUGCGCCCUGUAUGCCGGCCUCUCCCUCCUUCAGCUCCUGGCCCGGUCCCCCUAGCGUCCCUUUUCUGGCUGCUUCCGGCUUCCAGAGCCAGGACCUUAACGUCCCAGGGCGUUUUAGAGCCACCGGGUUGAAGACCCCAACAUCCCAGCUGGUCACCCACAAUAACCAACCUCCACUCCCCUAUCCUCCUGCUCCUGCCCCUCCUGCUCCACUCCCCUAUCCUCCUGCUCCUGCCCCUCCUGCUCCACUCCCCUAUCCUCCUGCUCCCGCCCUGAGCCUCCCAACCCCCUAAGCCCAUGGGCCGAUAUUAAAUCCUGUAGAAGCACUCAGCCUUUAUAAA